GCAUGUUCUGUUCAGUGGGACCGAAGACCGAAGUCUUUCUUCAAUUGCCUUCCAACCCGGCUUCUGUGGUCGACCAUUCAUAUAUUCAUUCAUAUCUAUCUAUUGCGCAGGUGGCAGUCCCCGUACAUCUUGCUCCAUUGUUUGGAAACCGCACGAGAAGCAAAGUUGUGGUUGACCAUGAUGAACUUGCCGUCUAUCAUCGCGGUGACUUUGUUGAUUGUUCUCGGAGUCUGCAUUGGCCAGGACGAUGUCUCUUUCACGGAAGAACCCUUGUCGCCAUAUCUCGUAGUGAUUGAUGGUGGUUCCACGGGUUCCAGACUUCACAUCUUUCAAUUUAUUCAUGAUAAAGAAUCUGCUUCCUACCAGUGUGAACGCCGUGGGUCCAGCCGUGCGAAUGUCCCCAUGUCAUCCUUCGCUCCCGAGGAAGAUGAAUUGUUGGACCCAGAAGUCGUUGCGGCUCACAUGCUACCACCAUUUGAAUUUGCGGCCGAUGUGAUUCCACCAGAAUAUCACAAUACAACCAUUGUCAAAUAUCAAGCGACUGCUGGCAUGAGGUUGUUAACAGAACAACAGCAAGAGGCUGUAUAUGACGCUCUGUAUCUGGGGUUGAUGCAAUCGGAGUCUUUUGUGUUCAAGGGCAUUGAAAGAAAUGACAUUGCAACACUCUCUGGAAGCCUGGAAGGGUAUUAUGGUGCCGUGGCAGCCAACUUUUUGUCUGGAAUCAUUGAGGCGAAUCUUCAAGUUGUACGUAAGGAUGAUGAUUUGAACAACCAACAAACACACCCUAUUGGAGCUUUGGAUAUGGGAGGAUCCUCCACACAAAUUGUGUACCUGACAGAGCAAGUCGACAAUGGCAGUCACAGCUGCGCCAAUUCUCCACCAGAUAGUACCGGGAGUAGUGGAGAUGAUCCAGAGUCUUAUGGUGACGAAGAGUUCCCACAGACUUGUCCCUCCGACUUGGUGGAUCAGCCCAUGUUGCAGGGAGAUCAGUUCUUCUCCACAUCUUACCUGGCAUAUGGUGUCGACCAGUUCCGUGAGCGCUUGUGGGACACCCUCAUCAGCGGCAGGUUAGCUCAGGACCACAGCGACUCCUGCGACACCAAGGUGAUCUUGUACCCAUGUGGAUUCAAAGGGCAUCAGAUCACAUGGAAUGAUUUCACCUUGAUCGGCACAGGCGACGCUGGUGAAUGUACGAAACAAGUUCAACGGUUGCUCCCCCACCCUGAAGAGGCAAUUGACAAUCACCACGAACACUCCGGGCGCGUUGUCGGGGGUAUCGAGCACCCAACUGUCAGGGGAAGGUUCUUUGCCAUGUCCCUGUACUUUUUCACGUUGGAUAGCCUGCGUGUCCUCUCUUCGCAUGACGACUUGGACACUGCCUGGCCACAACCUAGUAUAAAUGAACUCACAGAUGCGCUCGAGGGUCUUUGCUCCAGAGCCUGGCAAGGAGAUCUGGAAGAGAUCCAACACAAUGCCCAUCAAUUCACUCGAGCCGAGGUGCUGCCACACCGUUGCUUCGAGUCGUGCUACAUGGUCUCUCUUUUGAGAGAUGGCUUUGGUUUCCAUCCAGAAUCCAGGGACAUCACAUUCACCUUCCUUGUGGAUGGAAGCGAGGUGGAGUGGUCUCUUGGAAUGUCAUUGGAACUCUAUUCCCUGAAGGCCAGCAGCAAAAACAUGUCUGUGCAUAUGGAUGCAACGUGCCAUGACCAGAAUGUAACAUCACAGCAGAUGGAGGCAGCACUACCUGAAGUACAAGCGUCGACUUUUGGUUUGGUACAAGGUUCUGAUUGACAGCCGCAGGUGUGACCCUGCACAGCAUCAUUUUGUUCUUUGUUACGCAUAGUUCUUAGUCACAGUUUUGUCUCCGUGGAAUCGUGAAGUGCACGAGGCGCCGGCCCAGACAGAACUUUUCCACUCUGGCCUAACUGUGAAAUAGCCCCUCGUGUACAACCU